AUGGCACGUUUCCUGUCUCAGGAUAAAUUGGAAGGAUUUGAAAAAUACAAGUAUAAUUCAAUCGACACAAGUGUUCUCAGUAAAUAUGUUAUGCACCCAUUUUGGGAUUGGUGUGUCCAGUUUUGCCCACGUUGGGUUGCACCAAACCUGCUAACAUUUGCUGGAUUCUUACUGACAGUAUUAAACUUCCUGCUAUUUUCUUACUUUGACUAUGGAUUUAAUGCUCUGACAAAAAAUAAUAAAACAGAUGAUUAUAUUCCAAGCUGGGUUUGGGCCUUUUCAGCUAUAAAUUUAUUUGUAGCAUAUACAUUAGAUGGUAUAGAUGGCAAGCAGGCCCGUCGGACGGGCACAAGCGGGCCUCUCGGCGAAUUAUUUGAUCAUGGACUGGACUCUUACUCCGCUGUUCUUAUACCCACAUGUCUUUACAGCAUAUUUGGAAGGGAUGAGUUGAGCCCACUGCGGUUUUUCUUCGUUAUAUGGAACAUCUUCAUUAAUUUCUACCUCACUCAUUGGGAGAAAUAUAAUACUGGUAUCAUGUUCCUCCCAUGGGGCUAUGAUUUUACUAUGAUUGGUUCAUGUAUUCUCCUACUCGUUACAUCCGUAAUUGGGCCUCAGGCAUGGCACGUGGGCCUCCCAGGCGGACUCACUCCAGGCAUCAUUUUUGAAGUCACACUUUACCUCUCCGCCAUGCUCACAAGCCAGACUGUUAUACUGUGGAAUAUAUAUAAGUCAUACAGAGAUAAAACCGGCAAAAUGCGGUCCUUUACUGAAACGAUUCGGCCAUUGAUUCCACUAGCUGUGUUCUUCGUGCUUAGCAGCAUCUGGGCUCUCUACUCACCAUCAGAUAUAAUAAACCGAGGCCCAAGGCUCUUCUAUGUGCUCACUGGAACUAUAUUCUCAAAUAUCAAUUGUCGUCUAAUCGUAUCACAAAUGAGCGAUACACGUUGUGAUAUAUUCAACAGUCUUCUAGUGCCAUAUGCGUUGGUAAUGGCCGUUGUAUUCUACUGGAGGGUUUCGCCCAUGAGCGAACUUAUACUUCUCAGCUCCUUAUGUAUGGCGUGCUCAUGGGCACAUAUCAACUAUGGUACUAAAGUGGUACGAGAAAUGUGCGAUCACUUCAAAAUAGCAUGUUUCCACAUAAAGCCAAAGAAUUAA